AUGAAACCAUCACUUGCAGAUCUGAUAAAUGGAUCCGUCAAAGUGAAGCGGUUUAAAGAUCGGUUGGAUAUAAAAGCUGAAAACAACACUUUUGAGAAACUACAGAACUAUGACAGUCUGAGUACAUUUUUAAAGCAUAUUGAAGACUACGUCAGACUGCUGUCUGAUACGCUGCAACAAGUUGUUCAAAACAUAGACACAGUUUCCACGCAGAAUAUGGUAAUGUGGGUUUCAAAAGGAUAUGAAGAAAUAAACAUUGUGUGCUUCAAUUUGGAGACAAUAAAUCAAUUGACUGACUCGAUAUUGCGUAUAUUGGAUACAAGUACAGACAAUAUAGAUUUCUUAUUGAGUACGGUAUCAUCAAUAUGUGAAUUCACCGUAGAUGCAAACAAAAGUAUUCAGAUUCUCAAAGCAAUUGCUACGAUAGGUAUACGCUAUAAUGAAAUUUCGAACAGUAUUAUGAGUUCCAUUGAAGCUGAAAUAGCUACUGGUUUUGAGGAAGUGUUACAGUUGAAAACUCAAAUGGACGUAUUUAUUAAAGAGGAUGGGUACAAGAUCACAUUAAACCAAAUUUUAAGCCAGCAAGCUCAUACAUAUAAAGAAGGGGUUGGAUCUAGCGAUAUGAAGUUACCCUUAUUUGACAAGGAUGUGGCAGCUACCGUUAAACAGUUUAUUCGGUUGCUUACAAGAAUGGAUCCCAUCAGUGUAUCGCUAUCCUACAUUCCCCAAGAAUUGAAGAUGUUCAAUGCCAUCUCCAAAGAAAAGUAUCCAUCGUGCGUUCUUGAACUUGUUGGAACAUAUCGAAAGCUAAUUCGGGAUUUCACAGUACUGGAGUCGGAAAUAAGCGAACUUCAAGAUCAAAUCAUAGGCAGCAGAUGGAAGCAUAUUUUUGAUUCAUUGGCAGAAGAGUUUGAAGGUAUUCUAGAGGGCAGUCAUAGCAAGGAACAGUUAAACUAUGCCAACUUUAUUUUGGAAUACCUGUGCCUCAUCCUUGCUGAUGGUGUUAUAAAGGAUGAUGACUACAAUAAUAGGUAUGAUUCCUUAGUGGCUGCGCUAUCUGAAUCGGCACCAUCUAAGAACAGAAGUGUGUCCACUUCUUCCACUUCCUCCUCUGAUUCUUCAACAGGUCGAAGAAUGUUUAAGGGUCAAAAAUUCAUUAAUUCGCUGGACUUGAAGCCUGUUAUGAUCGAAGGGACGCCAAUGUCGAUCAGACAUCCAAGAGAAUGUAAGGAUUUUAUAGGUUCAUUGUCCAAUAUUGAUAAGACACAGUUGAGAAGAGAUUCAAAGGAUGUCGUGGAUCAGUUAAUGAAAGAACUUGGUGUGCAUGCUGAAGAUAAAGAGAAUGCAGCAGAGCUAGCCCAAGCUCGUUUACAGGCCAGAUCACAUCUCGUAGGGUCCAGGACACCGAUGAGAGAGAAAAAUAACACCUACUACGAAGCUGAUAAAGUACGUACCACUUCCGGUGCUGCAUAUUGA